GAAAAGAAAAACAAGUUCCAAUCAGAAAGAAGCAUGUCCUCCGCUACUGCGCUAACGUCUCACCUCUUUCUCCUCCACAAAACCAACGAUUUCUCCCACCGCCGCCGCCGCUGCGGCUGCCGGCGGUCGAUUUUCAAGCAAUCGAGACUUCAUCUCGUGAAAUCCUCAUCAAGCCUGCAGGAGGAGAUCAAGGUGCCUCCUCCUCCAGCAGCGAAUGAGUGGGGCGAAGUGCCGGCAAGCUGGGAGAGCAUUCCUCUUCCGCCGGUGACGGCGGCGAAGAGAGUGGUGCUGGUACGGCAUGGGCAGAGCACGUGGAAUGCUGAGGGACGCAUCCAGGGCAGCUCCGAUUUCUCGGUGCUCACACAGAAGGGCGAAUCUCAGGCCGAAACAUCGCGCCUCAUGCUUCUCGAUGAUUCCUUCGAUGUUUGUUUCUCGAGUCCGCUGAUUAGAUCCAAGAGAACUGCAGAGAUCAUAUGGAGUUCUCGCGAGGAGGAGAUCAUUACGGACUCCAACUUGAGGGAAAUUGAUCUCUACUCAUUUCAAGGCCUUUUGAAGAAUGAAGGAAAAGCUAAGUAUGGUGCAGCCUUUCGCCAAUGGCAAAUAGAUGCACCAAAUUUCAACAUUGAUGGCCAUUAUCCAGUGAGGGAGCUAUGGGCGAGAGCAAGAAGCUGUUGGACAAAGAUCCUUACUCAUGAAAGCAGAUCGAUACUUGUAGUUGCUCACAAUGCUGUCAACCAGGCACUUGUUGCCACAGCUAUUGUAGGACUUGGCACGGAGUACUUUAGGAUUCUACUUCAGAGCAAUUGUGGUGUGAGUGUGUUGGACUUCACUCCGGAUCCUGAAGGGGGUUCCCCACAGAUAUGUGUUAAUCGUCUCAACCAGACACCAAGUUCGCCUUUAGGGUCUGGAAGCUCAGCUGGAAGGAAAUCCACUAAGCGGAUUAUACUUGUAACUCACGGCCUCCCUCAGAACGAUGUGGAGGGCAGGGAUCCUUCCUCUGCAGAUUCACGGAUGAACAUUCUUGCGAUGAUACAGGCACAGAAGACUGCAGAGCUACUUCUUGAUGUUAAGGUGAGAACCAUUGUCAGCAGCAGUUCAAGAACAGCCCUUGAGACAGCAGAUGCAAUUUCCAAAGUCCAAGAAGCUGCUGACUGCUUGGGAGCCGACUGUGUGCCCCGCUAUGUGGAAUCGAAGCAAAUCCCCGACCUUGAUGUCGACAGCAUUCUCAAGCAGACGAAACAAGACAUGGCGCAACCCGGUUGGCUGAGGGGGUCCGAGGAUCACGUGGUGCAGGCGCUGUGGGACCAAUCGAGGGCUGCGUGGGGGAGUUUGGUAGGUGAACUUUCAAAUGGAACAUCAGAGGGUGAAGAUGUUGUGGUUGCAGUUGGCCAUCCAGCACUCAACAUUGCAAUCAUGGGGCAUUGCUUGAACCUCACAAAGGAAUGGCUGGGAUCAUUCCAUCUCGACGCGGGCAGCAUCACCGUCGUCGACUUCCCAGACGGCCCCACCGGGAAUGGCGUGAUCCGGUGCAUCAACUACACCGCCCAUCUCGGCCGGUGGUCAAUCCCGAUCACGAGAUCAACCAUCGAUGACGAGAACUUUUGAGCGUCCCACCACAUUUGUAAAAAUUGAUCAUGAAUGAGACAUUGAAAAUAAUAUUGAGCAUCAUAAACAUAAAAUGAAGCAAAUAUUUCAUACUAA